GCAUACUCCGGAAGGCUUUUGGGGGAGCCGGGUCUUGCGGGAUGUGAGGCAUUUAAAUACAAGGCGAGAGCAUAAAGUGGAGGAACAGCAGGAGCAAGCCCAGGAGGCAGCGCUAAGAAUUGCAAGGCAGGACUGUGGCAGGCUGACCCCCUGUCGGGCAGGGAGAGGUGAGCAGUCACCUGAGCUCUCUGGAACAGCGGAAAGGGACAGCGGGGUUUUUUUCCCAACGUCCUUGGUGCGGCCGCUAGAGGGGACCCACUCCAGGUGAGCGUAAGGCUGGAGGAGGGCGCCGCCUCCGCAAGGCUCGCCCCCUACGCUUCAAGCAAGCUUUGCGGCACAGCCAAUGGUCGGGGGCUGUCCCGCCCAUUCCUUCCUCGCAGCCACUCGCUUGCACGAAGUCGCCGCCAGCUUCUGACUGGCAGGCGGCCUGGCAAAUCACAGCGCGGCCUUUGAAAGCAAAACACUGCAGCACCCCGGCCGCUCUCGAGUUGGGGAAGGAAUUAAGGAGGCUGUGCGUCCGGGUUGCACCAAGAGUCCAAGUCAUUUCUCAGAAACCUCCGAUCAGUGGGCCUUAGAGAAAACGCCUCCGGGCACCGCCAGGAUACAGACUCGCGCCCUUUCCUGCCUGCUUGGGAGAGACAGAACCUGGCACUUCUCGCGGUGAAGGAGAGGGAGCGGCUGUAAAUCAGCCAGAAGAGCCUCGAAGUCUUCCAACGGCCGCCGUGAAAGGAGGCGACUCGGGCCGCGAGAGAUGGUCCCCGGGUUCGGCCCCGCCUAGCGGCAGCUCCGGCCCCCAGGAAAUGUGCCCCUAGAGCCAUGGACCGAGCCCGCGGUGCGGCCCUGCAGCUGCGCCCGCUCACGCCCACAAGCGGCGCAGACCCCAGCAGCGAGGCCUCCUUCUCCUACAAGGAGAACCUGAUCGGCGCCCUUUUGGCAAUUUUCGGGCAUCUUGUGGUCAGCAUCGCGCUCAACCUGCAGAAGUACUGCCACAUCCGCCUGGCGGGCUCCAAGGACCCCCGGGCCUACUUCAAGACCAAAACAUGGUGGCUGGGCCUGUUCCUGAUGCUGCUGGGUGAGCUGGGCGUGUUUGCCUCCUACGCCUUCGCCCCGCUGUCACUGAUCGUGCCCCUCAGCGCUGUGUCGGUGAUUGCCAGCGCCAUCAUAGGCAUCAUAUUCAUCAAAGAAAAAUGGAAACCUAAAGACUUUCUGAGGCGCUACGUCUUGUCCUUCGUUGGCUGCGGUUUGGCCAUUGUGGGCACCUACCUGCUGGUGACAUUCGCCCCCAACAGCCAUGAGAAGAUGACAGGCGAGAACAUCACCAGGCACCUCGUGAGCUGGCCUUUCCUCUUGUACAUGCUUGUGGAGAUCAUUCUGUUCUGCCUGCUGCUCUACUUCUACAAGGAGAGGAACGCCAACAGCAUCGUCGUCAUUCUCCUCCUGGUGGCCUUGCUCGGCUCAAUGACAGUGGUGACCGUGAAGGCCGUGGCUGGGAUGCUGGUCCUGUCCAUCCAGGGCAACCUGCAGCUGGACUACCCCAUCUUCUACGUGAUGUUCGUGUGCAUGGUGGCAACCGCUGUCUACCAAGCCGCGUUUCUCAGUCAAGCCUCACAGAUGUACGACUCCUCUUUGAUCGCCAGCGUGGGCUACAUUCUGUCCACGACCAUUGCUAUCACAGCAGGCGCAGUGUUUUACCUGGACUUCAUCGGGGAGGAUGCGCUACACAUCUGUAUGUUUUCACUGGGGUGCCUCAUCGCAUUCUUGGGUGUCUUCUUAAUCACCCGCAACAGGAAGAAGGCCAUUCCGUUUGAGCCCUAUAUUUCCAUGGAUGCCAUGCCAGGUAUGCAAAACAUGCAUGACAAGGGAAUGACGGUUCAGCCCGACCUCAAAGCUUCUUUUUCCUACGGGGCCCUGGAAAACAACGACAACAUUUCUGAGAUCUGCGCUCCCGCCACGCUUCCGGUCAUGCAAGAAGAACACAGCUCCGGGGCUGCCUCUGGAGUACCCUACCGAGUCCUAGAACACACCAAGAAGGAAUGAGCCCCCCUAGAAGGAGUGGCUCUCCUUCCUUCCCUGUAUAACUUCUCAAGCCCUGCCAUAGCUGUUCAACCCUGAAUUCUAAAGUUCGCCUUUGGAGUCUUUUUUUCCUUUUUUUUUUUUUUAACCGAGAACUCUCCGGAAGGGGAUCUCGAAGGGCCUUUGUCUCUGACAAAGAAUACAUGUUCUUGGCUUGGA